AUGUCCUCACCACGGUGCCUAUCACGGCCCAUACGGAGCCUCUCCUCUCCCAGGCUCCUCUGCUCUCACUCCCGUCGACCAAUUUCAACCACACCAUCUCCCCUCGCACAAGCUUCCGAACCUCCCAACACCAAGAAACACAAACCCUUGACGAAAGAACAGCGCGAGUUUCUCUCCUCCGCACUCCGCGUCAACCAAGCUGGCGAACUAGCCGCAACACUCAUCUACAAAGCCCAAACGCCGCCCAUCGUCCGACAACAUCCUCACCUCCGUCCGCUCAUGGCCCACAUGUACGACCAGGAAGCCGGCCACUUUACAACAUUCAACGAACUCAUCCACAAGCACCGCGUGCGUCCUACGGCCUUGUAUCCGCUGUGGUCUGUCCUGGCCACCGGUCUAGGAUGGUCGACUGCCCUGAUGGGUCGUGAGGCCGCCAUGGCGUGUACGGAGGCGGUAGAGACUGAAAUUGGAGACCACUAUAAUAGCCAGAUUCGGGAGUUAUUGGAGAUGAUUACGCAGUGGGAGGCGGAGGGCUACGAAGUUAGUACCGAAAUUAGCGAGUUGGUAUCAACGCUGAGGCGGAUACGAGACGAGGAGCUGGAACAUUUGGAUCAUGCUGUCGAGCAUGAUGCCAAGAAAGCCGAGCCGCAUUGGUUAUUGACGGGUGUUAUAAGGGCAGGAUGUAGGGGAGCGAUUUGGGUGAGUGAGCGGGUUUGA